AACAACAUGUUCGCCUUCUCUUUCGGUUGAUAAAAUAACAUAAUCCUGUUUAGUCUUGUAUGUAAAUCGUGUUGAAAUGUCUACUAGUGUUUUAUUUUCAAUUUAGUGCAAACAUCAUGGACGAUUCAGUACCCCGGGGAAUCUUGAAUGCCACAAGCUACUCGUUGGGUGAUAACUCAAAUGCAGUCGAUGACGGAGCAUUCGAUGAGAGUGAAAUCUGUGACGACGAGGUCCUGCAGCAGCUACUGGAUAAACCGUUUUCGCAGCUUGUUGAUGGUAUGCAACUUCGGCGGAAUGAUCGCUAUGCAGGGUUUGAUAAUAACGCCGGUAGCAGUUGGAUUUAUCCCACAAACUAUCCGGUGCGAAAGUAUCAGUUCUCUAUCAGUCAAGUGUCCUUGUUUCAAAAUACUUUGGUGGUACUGCCAACCGGACUUGGAAAGACGUUCAUUGCGGCCGUUGUAAUGUACAACUUCUAUCGGUGGUAUCCCACAGGGAAAGUAAUUUUCAUGGCCCCAACGAGGCCCCUGGUGGCGCAGCAAAUUGAAGCUUGUUACAAAAUUAUGGGAAUCCCAAAAGAGGAUACAAUAGAAAUGACCGGAAAGCAGCAGAAAAAAAAUCGGAGCAGCUUGUGGAGAGAGAAACGAGUGUUUUUUGCCACUCCGCAGGUCGUUCAAGCGGAUAUCAACAAUCCAGAAAUAGAGUUUCCUAUAAAAAAUAUAAAACUUAUUGUAAUUGAUGAAGCUCACAAGGCAAAGGGACACUAUGCGUUUGUUGAGGUUGUCAAAGGAGUGGCGGACAGUAAUAAAAGUUUUCGUGUGCUAGCUCUUUCUGCUACACCCGGUCGUACGUUACAAGAUGUAGCCGAAAUUGUGCGGAAUCUUUUGAUUUCCCACAUUGAAGUUCGAUGGGAAAACUCGAUAGACGUCUCUCCGUAUACCUUUCGAAAGAACAUAAAUACGGUUGUAAUUCCUCUCGGGCCGAAGUUAACGAAAAUACGCGACGAAUAUAUACGUUUGGUUGAUCCGUACGUACGGCGGUUGCUGGACGCGAACGUGCUUUACGGUCAUGCCGGGUCUCUGAAUAGUGGAUGGCUGAUGCAUCAGCGCAAACGUUUCCAGGCGGAUUGUCUCAUCAAUAGGCCAGCCAAUUAUAGCGCGAUCAAUUCCGAUUUUUCUGCCUGUAUGAGCCUGUAUCACGGCAUGGAACUGCUGAUCCGUCAUGGGGUUCGUGCGUUUCUGAAUUAUUUCGAUCAUGACGAUAGCAACAAGGAGAAAUACUUCGUCUUGCUGGAUCCACAUCUUAGGGUGUUUUUGAGUGAAUUGCGGGAAGAGUACGACUCGAAUCCACUGGUCGUUGGUAAUAGUAACGUGUGUGCAAUGCCUAACGGAGUGGUGCCCGCCAUCGCAGCCGGCAAGAAUUUCGACUAUGGUCACCCGAAGUUCGACAUUUUGAGGCGACGUUUAAAUGAUCAUUUUCAGAAUCAUCCUGAGUCUAAAGUGAUUGUGUUCUCUGAAUUUCGCGAUUCGGUGGCAAUGAUUCAUCAACUAUUGUUACAAAGUCGUCCUAUUGUAAGACCUAAGUGUAUAGUUGGUCAAGGUGGAACAGGCUCAAGUGCACCUCUGCGAGCUGUGACACAAAAAGAGCAAAUCGCAGCCAUGAAGGAUUUUCGUACUGGUAAAUUCAACACCCUAAUCGCAACCUGCGUAGUCGAGGAAGGACUCGAUGUCGGCGAGGUGGAUUUGAUUGUGUGCUUCGACAUAUCCAAGAACCAUACUCGCUUUGUGCAACGUAUCGGAAGAACGGGUCGAAAGCGUGUCGGACGAGCGCUGAUUUUGGUUACGGAAGGUAAGGAGCACGAAACACUGAAAGAAGUUCUAGCUACGAAAGAUAAAACCAAUCAGCAGUUGGCGAAAAGUAAGGACAUUUUGAACGCACUUUAUCGACAGUCUCCCCGAAUGAUACCACCGGAGUUUGAUCCAAAAUGUGUCGAGACAUUUAUUAAGAUUCCGGAUGAAUCGGCCGAUGUGGCUGACCAAUCGAAAAAGCGAAAGCGGCGUACGGAACAGGAGAAUGAUGCGUCGGAAGUAGAAGCAAAAACCCCUAAAAGAACACGGUCGAAACGAAAAACGGAUGAAGCAGUACGCGGUACUCAAGACGUGAGAAAUUAUUUUCGUAAAAUCGAUACAGAUUUGGAUGCGAGCGAGAAGCUUGUUUUCUGUACUCCUCCAAAGGAUACUUCAACGGACUCGGGAAACAAUACGAACACAAGUUUCAAAGUACCGGUUGAUGCUUCGAUUCGUUUGGGUAAAUCUGAAGAAGAGGAAGCGAUUGAAAACAUAUUGAAACCAUUACUACGCCACAAAGCCAGAUUGGGCCGGGAAAGGUACCUUAACGAUCGUAAGCUAUUGAAAUUAUUUCCGCAAAAAGAAGCCUGUAGCUCGGUUUUAUGUCCUAAUCCACUGAAGAAAUUGUUCUACGAAGCCAACAUAGACAAGGUAAGGACGAUGGUGGAGAAAAGCAACAAUUUGGGGUCGAUUCUUGAUGAUAUUGAUGAUGUGGUCAUUCUGAAUGACGAGGGAGAUUGCUUGAACUCAGAGCUGCGAACCGUAGAAAGCAUUUUUGGAGGUAGUGAUGCUCUGAAAGAUCGACUUGACUAUAUGCAUGAUUAUCAAGUCGUCACCCAGCGAAUGAGAACCCAAAGAGAGACCGAAUCAAAGAUUUCUGGAGAAAUCGGCAGCACUCAAAUAUCGACAUUCAAUGAGCUUUUCGAGAAAUUUUCAACCUAUGGUAUUCAUACGAAAUGUUCACCGAAAAAAGAUAACAAUCUUCCAGAUAAAUCAGCUUCCCCUGCUGAGUUAAGUACGUCGAAUCUGUUCGACUCACAGUUCUACCUUCCGUCCGUAAUCGAACAGAAUGACUCCAGCUAUGUCCCUCCGGAGCCACCACCGGUAAAGCACAAAACUCCGAUACGUCGCGUAAAAUCUAAAUCGCGAUUAGACGAGUUAAUUAAAAGUGAAAAACGGACACCCGCGAACAUCGCCAACAGUCCUUUGCUGCGAGCCUUCAAUCGUUCUAUCCAGAAGGCUAAAAACUCUGAUUUUGCAUCACCAAUUUCCAGCCGUCAGCAGUCGAAAGACUUAUCCUUCCAAAUGGUUCUAGAAUAUUUUGAAUUGCGUUCGCUGGAGCAGGUAUUCGAAGAAUCGCAAGUUGAGGCACAACCGCCUAGAUUCGGAGAUCGCUUGGAACAGGUUGAGAACAACGACGAACUCGAAACGGGACACAUAGCUGAACUCAGCAAAAGCCUCUUUGAUUGCAAUGAGCUGGACUUAGAAGCACAAGAGGCUGCCUUCUUGGCAAAUGAUUUCAGCCGUGAAGAGCCUGCUAAACUUGAAGCAACUUUACCGAAAGAGGAUUUGGAUACCUCACCAAGACCGCUAACACCGCAAGACAUUCCAAUAGAUGAUUUUCUAAGAGCUUUUUCGGAUGAUGAAUCGCCAGUGAAACCAACUUGUUCAGCAAAAAGUCAAACCCAAAGCAGGAAAGCACUUAAUCUAGACAUCGAACAGUUUCUAGAAGACCUGAAUGAAAAUGCAAUGGACAAUCCGACAAAUGGUAAGGCAAGUAGCGAGGAAAUCAUUCCCAACUCACAGGAUGCAGGCGUGAUUGAAUCAGCAGCGUCAAUGGUGUGUGAUAAAAAUUUAGACAUCGGAAACCUCGAAGAUCUUUUCGCCGAUAGCGAGGAUGACUUGUUUGUUGGUGACAGCGUGCACUCAAACCAAAACGAAUGCAACGGUGAUGAAUCCGACAAAACGGUUGAUUACGAUAUGAAUGAGAUUCGACCCCGGCAGGAGAAAACCCCUGAGACAAUAAGUCGACAGAAAAAAGUUUCUGACGAGGUGCACUCUACGACUCCCGUAUCCAGCAAAAACAAUUCACUCUCAAAAUGCGAAGAACGAUCACCAUCGAUGUUGAGAAAAAAAAUUAACUUCUCUCGACUGCGACUAACGAAGCCUGAAGAGGGUAGUAAAUUAGAGGUGAAUUCUGCUCCGGUUGUACGAGAAAAUUCCACGCUGCGUACGACUCAACCGAACUUCUUUGCAUCUUGCCAACCUGCCCAGGUCGGUGGUGUAAGACAGGAACUUGUCAGUCGAUUCAGCUUUCAACGAAAACUUGUCUCACCCAACUGUAGCAUUCCUGCCGAUUCAUCCGCAAUCUUUCCGAGGGCAAAACGGAAAGCCAUCGUCAGCAGUGACUCCGACGAAAAUGAAGUCUUUCAAACGGCUAGAUCGAGAGUCCAAUCAUCGUCGGAGAUGGAAAAGUCGAACCGAUUUCCAGCUCAUCGAAAAAAGCAAAGACGAAGGAACAAUGGAAAUCCGUAUCUGCUGAGCCAGGCGGAAGUAUCCGACGAGGAGGACGAUAGCCACGAGGAAGACGACGAGGAAGAAGACGAUUCCAUCAUUAAUAAUGAUCCAGUGGAAAACGACGCAGUCGAUAUGAGAGCCAAAUAUUUGCAGUCCGUCAGGAGUCCCCUGAGUCGUGGUGCAUUCAAGAUUCCAGUGGCUCCAUCGCGACAAAUGAACCUGUCCGAUAUCUACUCCCAGCUGCCGAAUGAACACGAACAGGAUCAGUCCAGGUUUCAUGAAGAUUCUUUCGUUGUGCACGAAAGUGAUGAGCACGAGGUGGAAUCCGAACUGGAUGAACUAGAACGAGCCGAAGCUAUUCUGCGGGAACGACGGCGGGCGAAGCGGAGAGGGAAAUCGUCAUCGCUUCCGGUGGGAAAGCGAAGAAGAAAAAUUAUACAAAGCGAUCAGAGUUCUGAUGAAGGGCACGAGAUAAAGGCCUUCCGUCGGCAGAUGCUGUCUGGUUCGGAUGAGUCGCAUUGAACUGCCGGUGCCAUAUGAGAACAAUCUGUGUUAUAUUUAUUUAGAGAAUAGAUUAUGGUCAUCAUUCUAUUUUAUCGGAACUAGGAACUUGUUGAAAUAUAAAAACUUGUUGAAAA